AUGGAAGAUCUAAGAGGCAACGAAGUAUCUCGAUCAAUUCCAACCUCUCUUCAAAACUUAACAGAAGAGCAGCGAAUUCUCCUCAGGCAAUUGAAAAGAACGAUGAUAGAGAAAAACGACCUGGAAUUUGCUUUCGAAGAAUUGGAAAAACUCGACCGCCGAUUCCAACACGUUUAUUUAGACAAUAUCAACGAGUGGAUCUACUGUCAAGUCGGCCAAUAA